AUGGCGAAGGCUCUGUUUCCACGGGCCUGGGUGAAAAAGUCAUUCUACUUCCAGGCUCGGAUCUCGUGCGUGAGGGUCAAAUACCUGUUCCUGACUUGGCUGACGGUGCUGGUGGGGAGCUGGGUCAUCUACGUCCAGUACUCCAACUACACCGAGCUUUGCCGGGGACACCAGUGCAAGAGCGCCAUUUGUGACAAGUACAAAAGAGGAAUCAUCGACGGCUCGGCCUGUGUGGGUCUGUGCGACAAAGAAACCCUGUACAUGGGCCGCUGUCUCUCCACUUCACCAAACAACCAGGUGUACACUGGGAGCUGGGGGGACCAUGACGGGGUGAUCCGCUGUAAACUGGGGGAGGUGGCCCACUACGAGCUGGGGGAGGAGCCUGAGCCACGGAGGGAGCUGCCCCUGUUCCACACGCCCACACGGGGGACCUCCGUGGAGAAGUUCCGGGAGAUGGUCUUCAAUCAUCUCAAGUCUAAACUGGGAGAGCAGGCGAACCUGGCGAGUCUGGUCAGCCACAUCCUCUCUGUGGCGGACGGGAACCGGGACGGCCGUGUGUCUCUGCCCGAGGCUCGCUCCAUGUGGGCACUGCUGCAGAUGGACGAGGUGCUGCUGGGUCUGCUGCUGCAGGAGCGUGGCCACAGCCCCCGCCUGCUCGGCUUCUGCGGCGACCUGUACAUGACGGAACGCGUGCACUACGGGCCCCUGUACGGCCUGGCGCUGCCCUGGCCCCUCGCCGCCUGGCUCCCCGCCGGCCUGCAGCGCACCAUGGACCAGUGGUUCACGCCGUCCUGGCCUCGCAAAGCCAAGAUCUCCAUGGGCCUCCUGGAGCUGGUGGAGGACAUCUUCCACGGCACGUACGGCAGCUUCCUCAUCUGCGACGUGAAGGCCGCCAUGUUCGGCUACACGGACCGCUACGAGCUGCGCAUCCUGGACAACCGGGCGCUGGUGUCGGAGGAGCAGUUUGCGCGGAGCAUAAAGGAGUUAAAAUGCAACGUGGACGCUGACUGCACGUACGGGGCGGACUGCUUCUCCUCCUGCGACGUGGCGGAGCACAGGUGCAGAGAGGAGCCGCUGAAACCGAACCUGGCCAAAGCCUGCGGCGUGCUGAAGGACUACCUCCUGCGGGGGGCGCCGUCAGGGCUCAGGGAGGAGCUGGAGAGGCAGCUGUACGCCUGCAUGGCUCUGAGGGGCAGCGCGCAGAUGAACAUGGAGCAUUCGCUGAUCCUCAACAACCUGAAGGCUCUGCUCUGGAGGCAGAUCUCACACACGAAAGACUCAUGA